GAGCCACCAUGAUGCAAGGUGGGUUUAAAGUGUUAUUAGUGUCCUCAGUCAUCUUGACGACCGCAUUUGCCUGGCAUCACUGUCAAGAUGAAUCAUUUUGCCAAACGUUGCGCUCAAGAAGUACCUCGCAAUUCAAAAUUGACGUUGAUACGAUUGUUGUCGAUAACAAAGAUAGGAAAGUGUCUGCUACUCUGGUAAAUACUUUGAAUAAUCAAACAUACAACUUCGUUAUCUUUGUCCACGCCAAUGACGUGACCCGCAUCACAAUUCGCCGCAGCAAUGCUGAGAUCAAACCUAUUCCAAGUGCCCUUUUGGAAGAUAUCAAGCACACCUAUGGCGCAAAUAUUAAAUUCACCGUUAAAGAGGAUCAAAUUGUAAUCUACAACCCAACUUUAGAAAUAACCAUUAACAUAGAUGAUUUUACCAUCAUUAGUAAAAAUAUACACACUAAUGAUAUAAUGCUCAUAAAUGGUGUGAAGGAUAUGUUUGUGGAAGACGCACUUGCAUUGAAAGUCACAUUCGAAAAUAUGCAGAAUGCAUAUGGCAUUCCCGAACACGGUGAUAACUUGAAACUAAAAGAUACCAAAAACGAUGAGCCGUACAGACAUUUUAAUAUAGAUAAUCCGUAUUAUUCAACAGACUCACGCGACCCAUUGUAUGGCAGUGUUCCGGUGCUCUAUGCUCAUGGCUUCCGCUCAAAUAAACAAUCCCACGUAUCCGGCGUAUUCUGGAAUAACCCAGCACAAACUUUUGUAGACAUCGACCAUUCCAAUAAUUCAAUUACAGUUGAUUUCAUAACAGAAGCUGGAACCCUGGAUGUGUUCAUCCUCCCUGGUGGUGAUUUCAAAUCCGCUGUAAAUAAUUAUGUCCAACUGACAGGUGCCGCUCCAUUGCCGCCACUCUUCGCCAUGGGGUACCAUCAAAGUCGAUACAGUUAUCUCACUCAAGAUGAUCUUCUCAGGGUCGUAAAAGGUUUACAAGAUGGAGAAUUCCCGGUCGAUGUUAUGUGGCUCGACAUUGACUACACCAACGGUAAGAGGUACUUCACGUGGAAUUACGAUGCUUUCCCAGAUCCCACCGGAAUGCAAUACGAACUUCAAGAAAAGUCACUUCGCUUGGUAACCAUCAUCGACCCGCAUAUCAAAUCUGAGGUCGGAUAUUUCGUCUUUGACCAGAUGAAAGAAAAUGGAUACUAUGUAAUGAACUCUGAUGAGUCCCUUUUCGAAGGGAAUUGUUGGCCAGGUACGAGCGCCUACGUAGACUUUAUCAACCCGGAUGCCCUAAACUGGUGGAGUAGCCUGUUUGAUUACGACACUUAUCCGAAUACCACCUCCAUUGUACACAUCUGGAAUGAUAUGAAUGAACCAGCAGUUUUCCAGCAAGAAGAGAACACAAUGCCGCGGGAUCUUCGUCAUUACGGCAAUAUUGAACACAAAGAAGUUCAUAAUAUGUACGGAUACCUGCAAACUAAAGGUACCCAUCAAGGACUCCUUGCCAGAGACUACAUUAAACAACGUCCAUUUGUGUUAUCGCGUUCUCAUUUCGCUGGCAGUCAGAGGUACACCGCAAUAUGGACUGGUGAUAACGCUGCCACCUGGGAACACCUUCGUGUUUCCAUACCAAUAUGCCUGAGCGAAGCGAUCGCUGGUAUCAGCUUUUGCGGCGCCGACGUAGGAGGAUUUAUCGGACGCCCCUCGGAAGAACUAUUUCAGCGAUGGUAUCAGCUAGGUGCAUGGUACCCCUUUUUCCGUGCACAUAGCAACAGUGAACAAGAUUACCGUGAGCCAUUCCUCUAUCCGGAAGAUAUUCAAACGCGAUUUAGGAAUGCAAUGCGUCAACGGUAUGCGCAUCUUCCUUAUUGGUACACUACCUGGUAUGAACACGAACGCUAUGGCCAACCGGUGAUGCGUCCGCUGGUGUACAACUAUCCCAAUGAUGAAAAUGUCAACGCAAUCGACACCGAAUUCAUGAUAGGUGACAAUAUCCUCAUCGCACCUGUUUUAUACGAAGGAGCCAAUGAACUAGAUGUCUACCUGCCUGAAGAAGACAGUUGGUACUACUUAUCGCACAAAGACCAAAAUGAUUACAGAGUUAUGUCAUCAAGGCAUGUUCUGUCAGUUGAUAUGGAUAGCAUACCUGUUUUCUACCGCGCCGGCAGUAUCAUCCCGAGAAAAGAUAUCGUACGCGGUUCUUCUAAUCUUAUGAUUGACGAUCCUUAUAACCUAUACAUUUUUGUAAAGGACAAUGAAGCAGCAGGUACGCUCUAUGAGGAUGAUACCGUAAGUUUUGAAUAUCGUGACAAUGUAUACAAUUACCUAUCAUUUACCUUCGAUGGAACUAAAAUGGAAAGUGCAGUGAUUGACACCGACGCGUCAUACAAAGGCAACUUUUCUAUUGGCACUGUUUACAUUUUCUGGGAUAAAAUACCCUCUGUACCUAUUGAAGAGGCAACAUUGACAUCUGAUGGAGAAAGCAUCAAAUAUCCAGUGUCCCAGCAUGAAAAUAUGUUGCAAAUUGAUUUCAAUACUGAUAUUCACGACAAAAACUUCUACUUUACUUUGAAUUAGUUUCUUUGUGCGAAAAUAAUAAAUGUAAUUCAAUGAA